CAACAAAUUCAUCAGUAAUUCUAACGUAUUCAAACAUAAAUCGUAAUAAUACAAAAUGUUCUCCUUAAAGUGCAUUCUUUUAGUGGUGUCCUGCCUAGUUUUGACAGCUACUGCUUCACCUAUAGAAUUUGUAGAUUUCUAUGAAAUUCAACCACAAGAUGCUGUGAAUUAUGAAUAUGAACCGGUAUUAUCACGACAAGUAAGAUCUCCUCAGCAUGGUAGUAUCGAGUUGGGUGCAAGAAAGGAUCAAUAUGGACGUGAAGCUUCUGUUAAUUACAAUCACAAUCUGUUUACAAGUAAUGAUGGUCGUGGUUCAAUUGAUGCUUAUGCUCAAGCUUCUCGCAAUUUUGACUACAAUCGUAAUGAUUUCGGUGGUGGUAUCCGUGGAUCCUGGAGAUUUUAAAUAAGUUUUGGCAUUAUAUUCUUAUGUAUUGAAGAAAAGAAAUAAAUGACUGAUUAAUUUAUUUGAAAGAA